AUGCAGACCUCUAGGCAGGAGUCGCUAGUGGUAGUGUCUAUAAUCAUGAUAGUGAUUCCAUGUCUGGCGGUGGCCCUUCGAAUAUGGUCCAUCAUCAUUGAUAAAAAGUACAGAAUGGGUUUGGAUGAUAUCUGCAUCAUUGUUGCCUUACCUUUCGUAUGCGGAACCGUGGCGACAACGAUUGCUCUGGUCUACGAUGGUGGACUAGGGAUGCAUAAAGCUGAUGUUGAACCAACAAAACUUCUCGCAAACCAGAAAAUCUUUUUGGCGGCAUCUAUCCUUGACGACAUCUCUCUAACCCUCCCAAAGCUUUCUGCAGUUUUCUUCUACAACCGCAUUUUCCAGCGCACACACACUGCCUUCUAUUAUUCGUUCUGGAUUCUUGGCUCCAUCAUUGUCAGCUGGUUAGUGGCAACUCUAGUCGUUAAUUUAACAGUAUGCACCCCUCCGUCAAAGGCAUGGGAUCCUACAGUCGAUGGCCACUGUCGGGAUUGGUUCCCUUCUUCGCUUGGGCCGGCCAUUAUGAGCGCAGUGAUCGAUUUGGCGAUUCUUCUCUGGCCUAUGCCCUUUUUAUUCCAGCUCCGGCUUUCCAAGAAGAAAAGAUUGCUGCUUGUCGGCGUGUUCGCCAUCGGAUAUUGUGUCCUCAUCGUCUCCCUUGGUCGAGUAAUUGCUCUCGCCAAAAUCGGCCCCGAUGCCUUUGCCGGUGACGCGACUUGGGAUAUCGUCUCUUACGUCCAGUGGGGUCAAGCCGAAGCCCCUGUGUCCGUCCUGUCUGUCUCCUUACCGCGCAUCGCCUAUGUGAUUACUCACUACCUCCGCAAGACGUCGAUCGGGCGAUGGAUGCUCAGGCCGAGUGACGAUGACCAUAAAUCUAGCAAGGCAUCUUUCCCCACGAAGAAUAGCUAUAAUGGACACAGUGGACUUCGGUCCAUUGAGGGCGAAGAAUAUGUACGCCUGAAUGAUGUGAAUUACCUGCAGGAAAGGCCUCCCUACAAUGCACAGGUGAAUGCUAGUGGGAUACUUUCAGCACCGACUACUCAUUCGACCUGGUACGAGGAUCCGACUGGAGCGAGGAGAAACAUACCUGAGAUUCAUGUGAAAAGGGACAUACAGGUGAGCAGGGAGGACCGUGUAUGA